AUGGUUGUUAAUAUGCCUGCUCAAGUUGGUCAGAUGCUUGCUCUGUCUGGUGCAAACUUCAAGACAUGGAAAGAAGAUAUUGAGCUCUUCCUUGGAUUAAUGGAUCUCGACCUUGCAUUAAGGAUGGAUCGACCCAUUUCCACCCCAGAUAAUCCUAAUGAUACUAAAAUUAAGAAAUGGGAUAGGUCUAAUCGUAUGAGUUUGAUGAUCAUUAAGCGGUCAAUUCCAAGGGUCUACCAAAACUUGAUUGUUGAGAGCAUGAACGCCAAAGUUUUCCUAAAAGAACUAGAGCAAUCCUUUGCUAAAAAUGAAAAUGAAGAGGCAAGAGACCUUUUGACUAAGCUCGUCGUUAUGAGGUACACCGGGAAGGGAAACAUAAGGGAAUACAUAAUAGAAAUGUCGAGUCUCGCUACAAAACUCAAAGCUCUAAAGUUAGAGAUUUGUGAAGACCUUCUUGUGCACUUUGUUUUGAUGUCUCUUCCUACACAAUAUACUCAACUUAAAGUGUGUUACAACACUCAAAAACACAAAUGGACUCUCAAUGAACUGAUCUCAUUUUGUGUGGCUGAAGAGGAAAGGAUGCAGCAAGAAGAAAGUGAAAGUGAUAAUUUGGAAUCUACCUCUAAAGGCAAGAAGAAAAAGAGGGAGCAUGAUGAUAUAUAG